GAGCGGGUGUGGUACGACAAUGCCAAAGAGCAAAAGUGCCAUACUACGUUGUAUACAACACCAGCUGAGAAAUGGCCGAAUUGCGUGUCUUUGAAUGGUCAUUUGGCUUUCGUAUAUUAUAUCUGGGCCGCUUUGCUUUUCUUUUCCAUCUGCCUCUCUGUGUAGACUUGUGAUUCACGUUAACAUGGCAUCCACGCAAGAGAAAGAAAGCGACAAACGCGCCGAUCCCGUCGCUCAGCCCACGUUCAGGCCGGAGACGGACAUCGCGAGCGGCAAUGUUAUCCAGUACGGCUUGGACGAGAAGGCCGCUGCCGCGUUAAACGCCAGUGCAGAGUCGGCCCCUACCGCAGAGGGAGAGGAGCCCAAUGAAUACGAGAAGGGCACCCUACGCCGUAUUGGCGAGAAUCUUCCCGCCUCAGCCUACCUCAUCGCCGUGGUCGAGCUCACAGAGCGCUUCACCUACUACGGUGCCCAGGGCUUGUUCCAGAACUACAUUAGCAACAGUAAAGAUGGAUCCGAUGGUGCCAAAGGCCUUGGGAUGGGCCACCAAGCCGCCACUGGUCUGAACCUGUUCUUCCAGUGGUUUUGCUACGUCACUCCCAUUCUCGGUGCCAUUAUUGCCGACCAGUAUCUCGGAAAGUACAAGACUAUUCUCAUCUUCUGUAGCUUCUACUGGGUUGGUUUGGUCAUUCUCUGGACCACCGCUCUGCCAUCUGCUUUGGCACACGGUGCCAGCAUGCCUGGAUACAUCGUCGCCAUCAUCGUCAUUGGAUUGGGCACCGGUGGUAUCAAGUCCAACAUCGCGCCUCUGAUUGCCGACCAAUAUCAGCGCCGCCGGAUGGCCGUUAAGACGGAGAAGAGCGGAGAGCGCGUCAUCAUUGAUCCCGCCAUCACGUACCAGAGAAUCUACAUGAUCUUCUAUUGGUGCAUCAACUUGGGUUCACUCUCGUUGAUGGCGACGCCUUUCAUGGAGAAGUACAAGGGCUUCUGGACCGCCUUCCUGAUGUGCUUCGUCAUGUUCAACCUCGGCAUUACUGUUCUUGUGACACGUCGACACUCUUUCAUUGAUCGCCCUCCUCAGGGUUCUGUCAUUACCGAUGCCUUCAAGGCACUUGGAAUGAUGAUUGCCGCGCGCAAUUUGGACGCAGCAAAGCCCUCGUGGCGUGAGGCCAACGGCAAGACCAGAGUGGUUCCCUGGAAUGACCACUUUGUUGAGGAACUCAAGCGAGCUCUCCGUGCCUGCAAGGUCUUCAUCUUCUACCCCAUCUUCUGGGUUUGCUACGGCCAAUUCUCGACCAACUUCGUGACUCAAGCCGGUCAAAUGCGAGGCCACGGCAUGCCGAACGACUUUAUGCAGAACUUUGAUCCCGUCUCCAUUUUGGUCUUCACACCCAUCCUCGAAAGCGUCGUUUAUCCCCUGCUUCGCAAGGCCGGAAUCGAGCUGCGCCCCAUCAUGCGAAUCACCAUUGGAUUCUGGCUAGCCGCCAUCUGUCUCGCCUACGCCGCUAUCGUCCAGCACCUCAUCUACAACGCUGGUCCUUGCUACGAUUCGCCCGGCAACUGUGAGGCCGGCAAAGACGGAAACGGUUACCUGUCCAACAACGUCCACAUUGCUGUUCAGACACCAGCCUACAUCUUCAUCGGUCUCUCGGAGAUUUUCAUUUCUGUCACGGGUCUCGAGUACGCUUACACCAAGGCCCCUCCCAGCAUGAAGUCGUUCGUCCAGAGUAUCUACCUCUUUACCAACGCUUUCGGUUCCGCCAUUUCCGAGGCUCUUGUCUCUGUGGCUGUGGACCCCAAGUUUGUGUGGAUGUACACUGGCGUCGCUUGCUCUUCAUUUGUUACUGGCUGCAUCUUUUGGUUCAUCUUCCACCACUAUGAUGCUGAGGAGGAAAAGAUGUACGAUCUUGACCGCGACCAGCCUUCUCUGACGGAGGACCCUGCAAAGAAGUUGGAGGAUUAGGUAGAGAGUAGAUAGCUGAAAUACAUUCAAGCUCAGUACAAUGACUGAUUCAAACGUGA